AUGAGCGACCAUUACGGAACUAUUAGCAGUUCUUCCAAGCGUCCCAGACUAGAUGAUAACCCUUCCGAGGAGCUUAUCGUCAUCGCUACCGAUCCUUCAAUUGUCUCUGCUCCUCCGAAUGUACCGCAAGCUUCACUGACUCACCAGGUUCCCGAGCCCAUAACCUCCGCUAUCGGGCCGGCUGCGCCUUCGGUUCCGCAAAAUGUUCCCAAUGCCCAGCCGCAAUCGCCGCAGGCUAUGAAACAGCUUUGGGACAGGCUUUGGGAACCACCACCGAAUCCAUUGGGAGGAGUUAUCAAUAACCCGAACGGUGGUCCGACCUUUGGUGACGCUAUUACAAAUUUCGGAACGCCCAUACGGGAAUACCGACCUCCGGAUUUCCAACGCCCCCUUCCGCCUCAGACCUAUUAUCCCUUGUCGGCUCCUCCCGUUAAGCAUGGAAAUGAGAACAGGAAGCCCAAGAGCAAUAGCGACAGCAAAGGGAAAGCGCCCAUGGCUGGGGCUAGCGUUAUAGAUCUUACGGGGGACGACGACGAUGACGUCCAAAUAGUAUCGAAUAGGGUUGUUACCAGAGAGCUUCAGAUUGUUCAUCCAAAUGUUUCGGAGGUGUGCUUUGGAUUGAUGGAAAAAAUGUAUGUCACAGCUCAUUCUCUUCCCGUGCCGAUCCCAUUGGAUGACCGGUUUACCACCCAUUGGCCGAGAAUACCCGUCUCGCUGAAAUGCCACGGCGGUGGUUCGUCGUUGUGCGUAGGGGUUACGGACCCCUUUGGAAAGGAAUUCGGUUCCCUGGAUACCAAUAGUGCGAGAGUUUUGGUUCCGUUGCUAGAGAGGAACCUAGUACGGCUCCAGACAGUUGUCCUUCCGAGAAAGAAGCAACCGGAUCACCUCCCCGGGCCCGAAACCGAUGGUAAAUGUAAAACCCCGCUCGAGAUGCAGGCCAAUCUGUAUGGGCCCGUGAUGAAUUUGGGUGCAAUAGCAAAAGUUUUGGCGGACAAGAAUGGACGUCUAAAGAGGCCCUCUCAAACUGAUGGGUUGGAAUAUGUCCCGCCCAUGAGCGCCCCCGGCUUGUCUCGGGUCCUGCCGGCUCAGGUUGAUACAGAGGUGGCGGUUUUCAGCAUGCUUGAAGAGCUGCAGAAGCAAGUUGAGAAUUUGCCUGAUGCCGGGGCUGAUCCACGGAUCACUACUCCACUCUUAAAGCACCAAAAGCAAGGGUUACAUUUUAUGAUGAGCAAGGAGAAGGACCGUGACUACACUAGCUCGAAAGGCAAUACCUCGCUCUGGCGCUCGUUCGGGCAUGGGAAUCGUACAAUAUAUGAGAACGUCGUCACCUGUGACAGGAGAGAAGAAAAGCCCGACGAGGUCUACGGGGGUAUUCUCGCGGACGUCAUGGGUCUGGGGAAGACCCUACAAGUGAUUUGCCUAAUUGUCGGUUCCCUCAACACUGCGGCGGCAUUCGCGGCUCCGGUUGAAGGCGAGCGUCCGCCUAAGAGGAGGAGGGUCAAGACGACCCUGGUCGUUAGCCCUCUCAGCACCAUUGGAAACUGGGAGGGGCAGAUCAAGACCCAUGUCAAGUUUGGGACGCUCAGUGUUUACGUGUAUCAUGGGCCGAAGCGAGAGCUCAGUAUUGAAAAGUUGGCUCAAUACGAUGUCAUCCUCACGACUUACCAGAUUGUCGGGGGAGAGUUUGCUAAACUCACAACUAGCAGCAGUAGUGCGAGUGCUUCGAAAGGCAAUUGUCUGUUUCAGAAGCUUCAUUUCUUCAGAAUUGUCCUGGAUGGUCAGCCAACCUCCCCCCAUAGGCACGCACGGGAAAAAGAUUUACUAAUUAAUGUAGAGGCGCAUAUGAUCCGUUCGCCCUCUAUCAUGCUCACAAGGGCUAUACUUUCUUUGAAUGCUCAGAGACGUUGGGCCGUUACCGGCACCCCAAUUCAGAGCGAGCCCCCCCUUUUUGCGUUUUCCCUCGGAGGGGUUGAAUGUAAACUAAUUCUCCGUAGACCGCCUUGGGGAUAUUGCGACUCUAGUCAAGUUUCUCCGCAUUGCGCCUUUUGAUGAUAAUACCGCCUGGAAUAAACAUAUUGCAGCACCAUUUAAGGUGAGUUUCCCCGGAACAUGAAAUAGUGAUAUUUUCGCUAAUUGGUUUUGUGUAUAGAACGCGAGUAUUGAAUCUAUUACGAAUCUCCGUCGUAUACUGCAUAGCGUAACUUUGCGACGCUCGAAGGGCAUUCUUAAUCUACCACCUCGGAAGGACGAAGUAGUAAGGCUCUCUCUCCCUCUUAAGAGUACCUAGUGCUCAUGUAUCCUUGGAGGUCUUUCUCGAUUUUUCCAGCUCCGAGCAGCAAUUGUACGAAGCUACCAUGCGGAUGUCCAGGCGCAAGUUGGAUCUCGUUCUGAAAGAGGGCCGUGUCGCUGGGCGGAAUUACGUUCAUGUUCUACAGAGUAUCCUGCGUCUACGCUUGAUUUGCGCUCACGGAAGCGAGUUGGUGGGUGAUAGCGACACCGCCGGAAUCACUUCCUCAUAUGCAAUUAACGUCGACGAAAUUGAGGAUAACGCCAGUGAGCCUCCAUGGUCUAUCAAGGACGGUUAUCAAAUCUUCCGGCUCAUGUGUGAUGCGAACGAGGAUAUUUGCGCUCUUUGCGAAACCAAAGUCGGUAUUAACGGCACAGCCGGCAGCUCCGGCGAUGAGGAUCCGCCCCCGAACAAGAAGGUUGUCGUCAUAGGCCAUCUUACCGCAUGCCCUCACCUGCUUUGUAAAUCAUGUGGGCCGAAAUUUGCUGAAGGAUUCGAUAACGCCUCAAUGAGUGCCGGAGGCAACCAACCUUUGCGUGGGAAUUGCCCACUCUGUGGAGAACACGUCAAUGCCGCUCUCGUUGAUAUCAAGAGCGAUUACAACGAGGAUUCACUCCAAGAUCUCCCGAGGAAGAGGAAGCUAAAGGGGAGGUACAGCGGGCCUAGCACUAAGGUCAAAGCGCUUAUUUCAUCUCUCCUUGAGAAUAAGAAGGCGAGUACGGCUAGCGAUCCGAUCAAGAGGUUUGUUUACACCCACCCUUCCUUACUUCCCUCCUACCUGUCUGCGUCUACGCAAUGGAUCAUAGCUAAUUGUCACACAGCGUUGUUUUCUCGUGCUGGACCUCCCACAUGGACCUUAUUGAAAUCGCGUUCAAGGAUAACGGCAUCAGCUUCGUCCGCUUAGACGGCAGCAUGACCCGUGCCCAGAGAAACCGUGUGAUGGAGGACUUUGAACAGGCCCCGGAAAUCUCGGUCAUCCUGAUAUCCAUCAUGGCUGGGGGUCUAGGGUAUGUCCAACUGCUAUUAUCGCCACCGCCAUCCCGCCCGGUCACUAACAAGGGCUGUCGUACAGAUUGAACCUAACAGCAGCCUGCAAAGCCUACGUCAUGGAACCCCAAUUCAACCCUGCUGCGGAAUCCCAGGCAAUCGACCGCAUACAUCGCUUAGGACAGACUCGCCCUGUCACUACGACCAGAUAUAUUAUGCGUGAUUCCUUCGAGAUGAAGAUUGUUGAGCUUCAGAAGAAGAAGACCGAACUUGCCAAUCUUUCCAUGUCCGGGAAGCUUAGCGGGAAGGAUGCUAUGGCGAAGAAGUUGGAGGUAUGAUAUGAUUUAUUUCCCCCUGGUUUGAGAUGGUUAUGCCUGACUGGGGUUUGCGCAUAGGAUCUCAAGACACUAUUUAGAUAACUCUUUCUAACCCUUUGUCCUCAUUUCAUUCUCUUUCCCAUUACUCGUGCUUCCCUUCUUUCAUUUUCUUACUUGCUUUUCGGCAUGAGCGUGAGCGUAUUACUAUAUGGGCUUGUCUAAAUGCAUACAUUGCCUAACCUUUUCUCUUUUUUUAAAAACAAACCUUUUUCUUUCCCACUUUCUUGACACCCCUUUCCCAUCACUACCUCUGUAUUACGGUUUCACACGACAUAUGAUAUGGCUGUGUCGCCCUUGGUUUCUAACUUUGAUCCCUGCCCUAUUGCCAUCUUUCUUUCCUUUGUUACUGGGAAUACGGUUGGAAACGGGUUUCUUAUCAUUAUUCAUUAUUUAAAGGUGGUCCCCGGCGCAUCCCUUGAUUUAUUGUUAGCUAAUUUUGUGGGUUGGAGUUUGGGUCAGGGAAUCCGAUAGCUUAUUACACCCUAAAUCUAGCGGUGAAUGAAGAAAUGGAAAAAUAGCUGAAAUAGAAUCGGAUAAAAAAUGGUGAUGCCGGGUUCCCGCCAUCCGGGCAUUGUGAUUGAAGCGCUAUGGGAACCGGAUGCCGGGGGAGGGAAAGCGUAUUGUGCUUGGCUCGGGAUGGGCUCCGAGGAAUUGAAGGAUUUACUGUGUUGAGUAUGAUUAUAUUCUCUUCCUUGAUUUCAUCCUAUUGUGCUGCAGUAUGUGUGGUACGUGCUAUAAAAGUAGGACUGGGACGGAGGUAUGUUUUCACACCUGGCCAUUGCAGGCACAGUACAGUAGUAUAAUAACAUUAUGAUAUAACAGGUUCGGCACUCGUGCCUAGCAACCAAUUGACGAGCCAGCUUUAUACUACGGUGCUAGAGGAAUUCUCUAUCCCCUAGCCGUCCGCUACUCUCGUCUCCCCUUCGGGAUUAAACCUGCCGAGUGCGCCCCCCGAAUACCGGUGGUCAAUCACUCUUGCGCCCACGACAAAUUUGGAAGCGCAGCACGAAAAUUUACUCUUGCCCACCAUCCACCCUCUCCAACCACACCUCCUCCAGAUAUCAAGAUAUCCAAAGGUCCAUGAAUUACGGUCUUAUCAUUUUUUUUAUAUAUUUUACGACAGCUACCACAGGCUAUUUUCUCGAAGCACGAAAAGCAGCUUCACAACUAUCA